UCUCUCGGUAUAAAUAUUGGCCAACCCUGUUUUUCCUUAACGAACCGCAAAACCAGGACUGAUCCACACGGGCCUGAAGCACAUGCAUACUUUCUCAAUCUGUUUCUCUCUCUCUUCCACCAAUCCCCAAUUCUCUCUGCAACUGAGCUCUAAUUCUAUCUCUAGAAUUUCUUCUCUAUUUAUUUUCAUAUUAGACGUCUUCCUUCAUUUCUCUCUACUCUUUUUGUCCAAGAAAAUCCCAAUUCUCCCUGGAACUAAGCCACAUUUUUACAUAGAGUAUCCUAAAUCCUUGCUGUCCCUUUAUUUAUCCAUUUAGAGCGAGAUCAGUGUCUAAAUCCAUUAAUGUGCCAUUCGGUUUCUGCGUCUCUGAUGCCAAGCUCGAGUUCUUGAUCUUACCUCAAUCUUUCGGUAUAUUCAAAUCAUUUGUUCUCCGGUCUGUUCCUUCAGUUUUGCAGUGUUUUAAUUGGUGUUUUUAGAGGUCUGGACACGAAUUUUGCCAUCACUUUGGCUUGAAGUACCUGAGUUUUGGAGAAUGGUUGUAGAGUCUGGUGACGUAGUCUUCAAAUUCUAUAGUUUUUCACAUUUUCAGUUAGCUUUCAAAUAGUCUGAUGAUAUGAUCUUGAUGUGACGUAGUACCAUGAUCUGAAAAUCCGACUUGUUUUAGCACUGUUUCUAUAAUGUAAUUUGAGUUUGAGCUUGUAGUUUUACAAGUGCAAUUUCGGAUGUUGCAAUGGAGAACAACAUAUUUCCAACCAAUUUUGUUUACUUUUGAUUUGUUUAAGAGCUGGGAUCGCGUCCACAAUCUAUUUGCCUGAUCCAUUUGGUGACCUAGGUCAUCUUCUACAGCCAGGUGCUAUGAAGUUAUCAUUUUGUUUUGAUGCUUUGGUCUGCUGACCUAAUUGUGUUAGAUACAUUGUUCUUGUAUAAUUUUACAACUUUUUUAUGUAAUUUGUAUCUACUAUCUUAAUUUUUUCCUAUUGUAUUUUCCUUAAAUUUCCUUGGUAUAUUUGGUCCAAGAGGUUUCUCUGUACAAUUUAGUGAGUUAUUUUUUGAAAAAUUGUCUAGUUCUUAAGAAGUUGCUUUUCAUGAUCUGUUGACCUGAUCGUUAUCAUCAUUGUUGCAUCUUAACUGUUGUUAUCAUUCUUCCUUUUUAUCAUUGAUAAUUUUAUCUCACGUACCCAGAUCGUGAUUUCUCACAUUUUGUGCAUAUUCCACCAAAUUAUUGGCCUAAAGAGAAGGUAGAAUUAGUCGUUUUGACCUAGACUUGCAGGCAUCAAUCAAACUGAUGAGAAUAAUGAUCAUUCAAUCCAAAUCCUAUGUUGAGAUCUGCACCUUGUUUCCAUUAUCCUUUAAGCUUUGGGUGAAAUGGUUUUAGGUCCUCUAUAUCACUUUAAAGACCAUCCCUUCAAUAUAGAGAUGCGAGGCCAUUUUGUCCGCCAAACCUUCACAAAAUUCAAUCGAACCCCACCAAUGAACUGGUUAUUGAUGCUCUUCAUUAGCCUUCUUGCUGUAAUCACAAUUUUAGGUUCUUCUUCUAACACAUUACGUUCUUUAGCGUCCUCACCUCCACUUCCUGAUAUUUACACCAAUUACCGAAAGCUAAGGGAGAAGGCAGUGGCUGAUUUCUCAGAAAUAAGGUCUCUCUCUGUAGGGAUAGUAAACCCAAAAGAGCUUGAUCUUUGUGGGAAAGAGAGUGAAAAUUUUGUCCCUUGCUAUAAUGUAUCUGCAAAUUUGCAAGCUGGGUUACAAUAUGGGGAGGAAUUUGAUCGACAUUGUGAAUUGUCAAGAAUAGGUGAACGCUGUUUGGCUCGCCCCCCAAAGGACUAUAAGAUAACCCUAAGGUGGCCGGCAGGUAAGGAUGUUAUAUGGAGUGGCAAUGUGAAGAUCACCAAAGAUCAGUUCCUUUCUUCAGGGAGUAUGACCAAAAGGUUGAUGUUGUUGGAGGAAAAUCAGAUAUCAUUCCACUCUGAGGAUGGUGCCAUUGUUGAUGGUGUCAAGGAUUACUCUCGCCAGAUUGCAGAAAUGAUAGGACUGGGAAGUGAUAUGGAAUUUGUUCAAUCUGGUGUUCGUACUGUGCUGGAUAUUGGGUGUGGAUUUGGUAGCUUUGGAGCACAUCUAUUCUCCUUGAAACUAAUGACCGUUUGUAUAGCUGCAUAUGAGAUCUUUGGGAGUCAAGUCCAACUGGCUCUUGAAAGAGGCCUUCCAGCCAUGAUUGGUAGUUUUGUUGCAAACCAACUUCCUUAUCCAUCAUUGUCUUACGAUAUUGUCCAUUGCGCACAGUGUGGAAUCAGCUGGCAUAAGAAAGAUGGUGCUUCUCUUAUUGAAGUAGACAGGGUACUAAAGCCUGGAGGUUACUUUGUUUUAACUUCACCUGUAACAAAGUCACGUGGAGGUGGAGUGAAUUCAAAGGCCAGAAACAGUUUAACGUUCAUUGAAGAAUUUACCAAGAGAAUAUGUUGGAGUCUAUUGUCUCAGCAAGAAGAAACUUUUGUUUGGCAAAAAACUGCAGAGAUUAGUUGCUAUGCAUCUCGCAAGCCGGGGGAUGUCCCUCCUCUUUGUAAAGGGGAACAGGACAAACAAUCUUACUACCAGCCUCUUACUUCAUGCAUAAGUGGAACCAACAGCAAGAGAUGGGUUUCUAUACAGUCGAGGCCUCGAUGGCCAACUAACUACCAACUAACUCCUUCAGAUCUCAAAGUGCAUGGUGUAGAUGCUGAUGAUUACGUUGAAGAUUCAAAUUAUUGGAAAUCAGCUGUGAAAAAUUAUUGGUCCUUGCUCACGCCUUUGAUUUUCUCUGAUCACCCAAAGAGGCCAGGCGAUGAGGAUCCAUUACCUCCAUUUAACAUGGUCCGUAAUGUGAUGGACAUGAAUGCACACUAUGGCGGAUUCAAUGAUGCAUUAUUGGAGGCUGGAAAAUCAGUUUGGGUGAUGAAUGUUGUGCCUGUCAGGACUUCCAAUUCGCUUCCUCUUAUACUCGACCGAGGUUUUGCCGGAGUCUUGCAUGACUGGUGUGAGCCAUUUCCAACAUACCCCCGAACAUAUGAUAUGCUUCAUGCGAGGGGUCUUCUCUCUCAUCUUGUCCACAAUGAGGGCUGCAAUAUUCUUGACUUGUUCUUAGAAAUGGACCGUAUUCUUCGCCCAGAGGGGUGGGUUGUUAUUUGCGAUAAAGUGCAAAUAAUAGAGAGAGCUCGUGCCAUUACUACACAAGUUCGUUGGGAUGCUAGGAUGAUCGAGCUUCCCAGUGAUAACAACCAAAGAUUACUUGUUUGCCAAAAGCCCUUCUUGAAGAAGUAAUUGGCUAGUAGAAGAGGCAACUAUCGUUAGAAUUUUAACUGCGCCAGCAGAGGAGGAGGAGAUCAUCAUCAAAAUUCAUUCUGGAUGGGAGGGUAAAAAAAAGACAUUCUUGUUGAGCAGCGCCACCGCCACCAUUUGAAAGAGAUGUUUUCCACUGUCAUCGUAUUCUGAGUGAGCGGGCAAGAGAGGACCAGUUAAUGCCUGUGGCUUGCAGGGGACGCCAAAAGUUGCAGGCAGAGAGGAUGUAAUUUUGUAGCAUCGAGUCGAAUUGCGAGGUAUUCUUACCACCAAAUCACACCAUUUUUCUCUUCUGUUUUUCACGCUUGCUUUUGGACCAGAACAUUCUCGUUGUGUAUUACAAUUUUUCGGUUAAGUGGUUACUAUGGUUCUCUUUAA